ACAUGGACGCGCCUGUCAGAGAGAAUUAGGGCGGGCGUAAAGCGGUGACGUGGAGGUUUGGAGAGGGGCGCAGUUGGAUAGGCAGAGGCACAGGCAACAGCUGAAAUGAGCAGAGAGCGCUGGAGUGUGUGUAAGCCUCUGGAUCUAAUAUCACCUACCUGUCCUUGUCACUCUGAUAGUCAGCCAAGGUAGCGGCAGUUUUCCACCGAUGCUGUGACAAACUUCAAUGGCCUGUUUUAAAGCGUCCUCCAGUUUAAACAGAGAGAGAGCUUCAUCUCAGCGAGAGGAACCGUGCUGCUGUGCGCUUUUUGGACAGCUGAACACAUUCCGGAGUCGGACUUUCCGCUCAGCCUUCCUGUGUUAGAAGCUUGUGAGAUCUUUCACCGAUGAGCUCUAUGAGGGAUCCAUUAAAUAUAGAGCAUCACCUCACAGGGAAUAAACUCGCCUCCACGCACCACACGGCUUUGGCGAUGGCUUCUAGUUUGCAGCCGCUGCAGCGCUCCGUGGACUCUAAGCACCGGUUAGAGGUGCACACUGUGUCGGACACAUCGAGCCCAGAGUCUGUGGAAAAAGAAAAGAUCCAAAAUAAAAACGAAGACUCAUCGGACGAUCCGUCCAAGAAGAAAAGGCAGCGGCGGCAAAGGACACAUUUCACCAGCCAGCAGCUGCAGGAGUUAGAGGCCACCUUCCAGAGGAAUCGCUACCCGGACAUGAGCACCAGGGAGGAGAUAGCCGUGUGGACCAACCUCACAGAGGCCAGAGUCAGGGUUUGGUUCAAGAACCGACGAGCCAAGUGGAGGAAACGGGAGAGAAACCAACAAGCCGAGCUCUGCAAGAACGGCUUCGGCCCGCAGUUUAACGGACUCAUGCAGCCCUACGACGACAUGUACCCCAGCUACACGUACAACAACUGGGCCGCCAAGGGCCUCACGUCCGCCUCCUUAUCCACUAAAAGCUUCCCCUUCUUCAACUCCAUGAACGUCAACCCUUUAUCCUCUCAGACCAUGUUCUCGCCUCCAAACUCCAUUUCCUCCAUGACCUCCAGCAUGGUGCCAUCUGCGGUGACCGGCGUGCCGGGAUCCAGCCUGAACAGCCUCAAUAACUUGAACAACCUCAGUAACCCUUCCCUCAACUCGGGGGUACCCACGCCGGCGUGUCCCUACGCGCCACCGACCCCUCCCUACGUGUACAGAGACACUUGUAACUCCAGCCUGGCCAGCCUGAGACUGAAAGCCAAGCAGCACUCGAGUUUUGGAUACGCCGGGGUGCAAAAUCCAGCCACCAACCUGAGCGCUUGCCAAUACGCAGUGGAUAGGCCGGUCUAAUUGUUACCUGCACUGCAAAAAAUUCCCACCGAGCUGCGAUUUUUAAAGGAUAAAUCGACGCUUUAAGUAUUUUUUUUCCAACCUACAAAAGAUAAUUUGGAACUGCUUGUUAAAGGGAAUUUAAUAACGAAAGACUCCACUGUUCCAUCAAAUAAUGAGAAAAAAAUGUGAUUUAAUUCCCUAAUGGGUCAUUGACUGUCAUUCAUUUUCAUGCAGGGAAUUUUAAAUUUAGUUUGUGACGGUGGUUAUUUUUUGCAGUGUGCUGGUAAUUAGAAGCAGCCGUCCACAGAAACAAAAGACUACUACAGCUACUUUUCUCUUUUCAUUUUUUUUUUUUUUUCGAAAAAAAGGGCACUAGAAGACUGAACCACUGAAAAAAUAUCAGCUCCCCCUCGGAAAAUUGAACCGGGAGUUGUUGUUUUUUUUAUUUUAAUUUUUUCCUCAAUCAUGAGCGCUGGCCUCAUUCACCAAGUAAAAAAAAAAAAGAUAAAUAAAAAUAAAGGCCUGUUUCACUUUUCACAGCUCGCCAUGAGGGCUUUAUUUUUUUUUCCUGGUGGAUUCCGGACGUUAACUGUUGAUUGAAAAAAAAAAAAGGUUCGUGUAAAUAUAUUUGAAUGAUCAUCUCCUGUUUGUUGAAGCGGCUGCGCUCCAACACUGCAGCUACUUUCCAGGUUCCAACUUAUCAACGCAUGUGGA